GAAAAAUUUUUGCAUCAAUACCUGUUGCGUAAGUGAAUUAUUUCUUUUUUCAGAUUUUGCAAAAAUCGCGUUUUUGAAUUAGCGAUUUUGGAAUUCUCAGAAAAUUUAAAAGUGUACCGGAAAUGACAAUGAUACCGAAUUAGGAUUAUUUGAUUUUACAAUUUGAAUUUACAAUUAAUUUUUUAAGCAAUCACCGUUGCUUCUUCUAGUAAUAAACCCGAUUUUCUUGGUCAGAUCGAUGAACAAUUAUCAAAUGUAUCAAAAUAUCGUAUUGGAUUAAAAUUAUGUGAUCAAAACAGUCCAUCAUUAUGUUUAAAUGUUAGUGUUAUCGUUAUUGUAAGUGAUAUUAAACCAAAUUUAUUUAUAGAUCAACAUCAAAUGUGUCUUAAAUAUGAACGGCGCUCGUGGCUACCUGUGGGACCCAUUGAAUUAGCGUUAUUUGCCUUAUCAUUUUUGUUUAUUAUCGGUACAUUAGCGUUAAGUCUUAUUAUUUGUCGUUUGAAAGGAAUUCGAAUGUGUUUAGCAACAAAACUUAUUUCUUAUAUGGAAAAAAAAUAUGGUUUAAGUGAUGCACAUUUGAAUACAAAAAAUAACUCAACAAAAAUGAUGGAAUAUUUUAUACAAUAA